AUGGCCGACGACGAGUCUAGCGAGCUGUCGUCGCUCUCCUCCUUGUCUCCUGCCCCGUCCGACGAUGAGAACGACGUCGAGCUGAAGCAGGACAAGGGCAUCCUCAAGUUCUUCCACAAGCUGCCCAAGGGCUCCAAGCCAGCGGCCGUGGCCAGAGAGCCCUCCCCUCCGCCGCGCAAGAGGUCGCCCUCACCACCUCAUGACUAUGUCCUGGCGGACAACCCGGCCAUCGCGUUCAUUGUCAUGUUCCGAAGCCGCUUCAACGACGCCUUCCCCAAAUCGCUUUCCAACUUCGGGCCACAAGAACUCGAGCGCGAUGUCACGGAAUCCGUUCCCGGCGACCGUGCCGAGCAUUUCCUCUGCGCAGUGCUGGGCCUGCUGCUGAACCGCAAGCAAGAUGUCAAACCUGGCCAUUACAACCGAGCUCUGGAAGACGCCAUAUCUACACACAAGAGCCAAUGGCCCAAGGAUUGGCAGGACAAGAACCCACUGUCCGGCGGCGCGACUUUCACCUCGAUGAACCCAACCGAACGAAUCACACUAUUGCGAACGCUCGUCUUGUGGAGUCUGUCCUCAUCCGAUGCAGUCAAGGGCAUCAUCAACCAAUCCUACAAGGGAAACCGGCACGACGACGACCUGAACCAGCCCCUCUCGGUCCAGCCGUGGGGCUCUGAUAGCGACAAGCGCAGGUACUUCCUCAUCGAGGGCCUGGACGACACAAACUUCCGGGUCUAUCGUGAAAGCAACCCUGCCGGUUUCAAUAGAACGUGGUGGAGCGUCGCGGGAAGCAUCGAGGAGCUCAAUGCUCUCGUCGACAAGCUCCAGGUGCAAGAUACCGGUCCCAAGGCCAAGAAGCUGGCGCAGAAGAUGCUGGCUGCUAUUCCCCGGUUUGAGGCAUCGGAGGAGAAGCGCAAGAGGCGCGAGUACCGCCAGAUGCAGCGCGAGCGUUUCAAACGCCCCGAGCCGGGUUUCUCCAUGUACGAGGGAAGGACGAGGGGCAAGCGCAUGAAGUACACAUACUCGGACGACGAGGACUUCUUGACAGACUCUACCGGUGUGCGACGCUCGGCGCGCAACACCGGGACCAACACCCCCGCUGAGCCGUCCGGACCAGUCACGACGGCGAGCGGACGCCAGAUCAAGGCUCCGUCCCGUAUGACAGUAGAUGCAUCCAACAACAUUGUGACCACCGAACCCGACCAGGAUCAGUCAUCCACUAGGGCUGCCUCAAAUCGUGGGUCGUCCAAGGAGUCCUCCGUAGGGCCUACAGGUCGCCCGCGCCGUAGUGCAGCCGUCAACCACGGCACCAAUGGCUGGUCGGCAUCGCGCAGCAGGAGGGGCUACAACUCCAUGGACGAGGACGAGGACGACAGCGAGCCUGAUCUGGGCGAUGACGAAGAGGAGGACCACGUGCCCGACGAGAGCGAGGAAGAAGAGGAGUUCGACGAGGACGAGGACAUGGCAGACGACGACAACGACUUGGAGGACAGUCCCAAGAGUAUGGUAGUCAAGUUGAAGGUGCCGGGCAAAGACGGGCCCAAGAUCGAUCUCGACAAGUUUCGGUACAAUGGUUCUGAAGCGAAGGCCUCAUCCAAGGCGCAGGCUGAACCUGACUCGGAACCAGAAAAGGAAGAGAAGACCGAGGACUCCAUCUCCGUUGCGCCCAAGAAGCAGAGGACCCCUGAGCCCCAGCCCUCGGGGACCAUCGCAUCUUCACUGGACCCUGCCCACCGACCGCCCUUGACUCCUUCUGCUGCUGCUCUGCAAUCCAAGAGUCUGGCUUAUAGGGAGAGCCCAGACAAACUGCAAGGCGCAGCGGCGGUACCGCCAGCAGUGCCCUCGCAAGCUGGAGACUGA